AUGACUGUGGUAGAGAAUGAGAAAAAUGAGCUAAUUCCUACUCACACCAUGACGGGGUGGAGAGUUUGCAUUGAUUACAGAAGGCUCAACAAAGCAACUCGCAAGGACCACUUCCCAUUUCCAUUCAUAGACCGAAUGUUGGACAGAUUGGCGGGGCAUGAAUAUUAUUGCUUCCUUGAUGGUUAUUCAGGGUACAACCAGAUUGUCAUAUGCCCAGAGGAUCAGGAGAAGACCACUUUUACUUGUCCUUAUGGCAUUUUCGCCUUCAAGCGGCUAUCGUUUGGUCUUUGUAAUGCACCAGCCACUUUCUAG